AAUCGAUCUCACGCCACCGUCCGAUUCAUUUGCUUUUUGUCAGUGGCCGGUCCGUUGCCGCGUCUGUCUCGCUCGCGUAUUCGUCUACCGGGGAGAAGAUGAGCGGCGCUGCCAUGGGAGGGAGGCAGAUGGGUCGAACGGGCAACAGCCACCACCAGCGUCGGUACUCGUCGGAUCAGGUGGAGUAUUCUAGGUUGUUGAGCAUGCAAAGGGGAAUUAGCGGGGAGUUCCCGGUGCCGGUUGAGCCGUCGGCGCGGCGCUUAAGUUCGCAGUCGUCCAGCCAGAGGCAACACCGGGAGGACGUGUACUUAAACGGGCAUAGCCCGGGGCCUUUGGAUCUCCACUCGAUUGGCACUGAGCUUCUCCCUCAGAUGGAAAUUGCUGAAUUAUUACCUUCAAGUAGGAAUCCUUUACCAUUGCAGAACAAUCUUAUGAAAAGUCUUUCAGCUGAUAAAGAGAAGAUGAGUUCUGUAGCCAAAAUCAAAGUAGUGGUAAGAAAGAGACCACUGAACAAAAAGGAAAUAGCAAAGAAAGAGGAAGACAUUAUCACAAUUGAUUCAGGUUCCAGUUCUCUGACAGUUCAUGAGAUGAAACUCAAGGUUGACCUCACAGAGUACCUUGAGAAGCAUGAAUUUGUGUUUGACACUGUGCUGGAUGAAGAUGUCUCAAAUGAUGAAGUAUAUCAGGAAACUGUGGAGCCGAUUGUUCCUGCUAUAUUCCAGCGUACAAAAGCAACUUGCUUUGCCUAUGGUCAAACAGGUAGUGGAAAGACAUACACUAUGCAACCAUUGCCACUCAAAGCAUCUCAAGAUAUUCUGAGACUAAUGCAUCACACAUACAAAUAUCAAGGUUUUCAACUGUAUGUGAGUUUCUUUGAGAUAUUUGGAGGAAAGCUCUUUGAUUUACUAAAUGAUCGGAGGAAACUUUGCAUGAGAGAGGAUGGUAAACAACAAGUUUGCAUUGUGGGUUUGCAAGAGUUUAGAGUAUCAAAUGUUGAUAGCAUCAGGGAACUCAUUGAAAAAGGGAAUGCAACGAGAAGUACAGGCACAACUGGUGCAAAUGAGGAGUCAUCACGUUCUCAUGCUAUACUUCAGCUAGCUAUUAAGAGGUCAGUGGUUGGUAGGGAAUCAAAACCAGCUCGAAUAGUUGGCAAGCUCUCUUUCAUAGACCUUGCUGGAAGCGAAAGAGGUGCCGAUACUACUGACAAUGAUAAGCAAACAAGGAUUGAAGGUGCUGAGAUCAAUAAAAGUUUGCUUGCUUUAAAGGAAUGCAUUAGAGCACUUGACAACGAUCAGGUUCACAUUCCAUUCAGAGGGAGUAAACUGACCGAAGUUCUCAGGGAUUCAUUUGUUGGUGACUCCCGCACCGUAAUGAUUUCAUGUAUUUCCCCAAAUUCUGGUUCAUGCGAACACACAUUGAACACCCUCAGAUAUGCAGACAGGUUAGGCAUUGAUUUGAUUCUCAUUUAUGCUAUGGUAAUAACUUGUACAGGGAGAACAGCGCUACACCCAUGUAGAACUACUCAUGCCAGAGUGAAGAGCCUCUCUAAGGGAAACAACAAGAAGGAUCUCCUGUUGGCAACCACAAAUCUGAGAGACUCAACCAUGGGCCAAUUAUCUUCUGUAUUACCUGCUUUCUCUGACCUCGAUAAUAAGGGCAUUGACAUUUCCAGCGAGACCCACCCGUCUCAUUGGUCCAAGCAAUUUGCAAAAGAGUCAUCUUUGCAAUAUAAUUUAGACCAUGUUCCUGGUGGGAGAGACGAGGGGCAUGUAACUUCUGAAUAUUCUAAGCAUUCAAGGGUAAGCAGUAGAGGUUCAUCAACUGUGGGAGUGUUAGAUUCCUCUGUGAAUGUAUAUGAGCAAGCUAUACCAUCUCGGAAGGAACGCAAGGCAGAUGCACAUCCACAGUUGGCUGUGGAUAAUAAUACGAGAAUUGAUUCCCAUGUGAAACAGAAAUAUAUGCACAAAGGAGGUGUAGAUGAUUUUGGCUCAGAUGAUGAUUUAAAUGCUCUCUUGCAGGAAGAGGAGGAUCUUAUUGUGGCCCAUCGGAGAAAACUGGAGGAUACAAUCAAUAUUGUUACAGAGGAGAUGAACCUGUUAGAUGAAGCGGAGCAACCUGGUAAUCAACUAGAUGAGUACGUCUCCAGAUUGAAUGCCAUUCUCUCCAAGAAGGCAGCUGGAAUUGUAAGUUUGCAGGCCCAAUUAGCUCAUUUUCGCCGGCCUCUGGCUGAGCAGAAUGUUCUUGUUUCCUAAUCAGCAUUUUGCCAAAAUUGGUCGAACACACAAGAUCAUAUAAAGAUUAUGAGGUACAGAUUAAGCCAUAAAUAGCUGUCGUAAUCACCACAUGAUACAGCAGCUGGCUUUGAGAUGAUAUCUAUCUUUCUUUUUUGAAUGGAUGUAAGAUCUUACUGUUCUAGCUAGAAAUGCCAGAGCAUAGAAGCUGCGAUGGAUACAGCUAGUCCUUUAAAUUCAGUAUGUAGCUUGCAACUUGGUGGAGAUAAUUUAUUGUUUCAAACUCUUACAAAAUAAUUUUAAGCUAAUUUACUC